GCAAGGGAACUACGGCGCGGCAGCACAAGCACGGUAGCAUUUCAAGAAGAGACGGAGGCUCACCGGAUCGCUUCGUUUCUAGGCUCUGUUUUGUAUGAGCACGACUCGGCUAUUGUAAAGAUGUGGACAGGCAUGGGAAAGCUGUUGCUUUUGCAUUUGUUAUUAAUGGAGCUUUACAUCGCAAAAGGGACUAAAACAGAUUGUGAAACCGGUCAGUUUCAGUGUAAAAACGGAAGAUGCAUCCCCACUCCUUGGAGAUGCGACGAUGACGACGACUGCUCUGAUAACAGUGAUGAGGAAAACUGUCCAAGGAAGACGUGUGCGACGACUGACUUUGCGUGUAAGAACGGCCAGUGUGUUCCAGCGCGCUGGAGGUGUGACGGGGAGCCGGAGUGUCCCGACGGGUCUGAUGAAGCAGAUGCCACCUGCAGUCGGGAGACAUGUCCGCCUGAGAAGUUCGACUGCGGGGGCUCCAGUAAUAAGUGUGUGUCUCUGUCUUGGCGCUGCGACGGCGAGAGAGACUGUGAGAACGGCGCCGACGAGGAGCAGUGCGCUGCAGACGCCAAAGCCUGCCCGGCCAAAGAGUUCCAGUGCCGCAACAGGAAGUGCGUGGCGCCCAACUUUGUGUGCGACGGCGACGACGACUGCGGCGACGGCAGCGACGAGGAGUCGUGCGCGGCCACGGCCGGCGAGCGUCCCAGCACCUGCGGCCCGCUGGAGUUCCGCUGCAACGACUCGGAGUGCAUCCCCAUGCUGUGGAGCUGCGACGGCGACCCCGACUGCGGGGACAAGUCGGACGAGUCGGCGGAGCGCUGCAGCCGCCGCACCGAGCCCCAGAAGCCGCGCUGCCCCAGCGGCGAGUUCCAGUGCGCCAGCGGCGAGUGUGUGCACCUGAGCUGGAGGUGUGACGGAGACGCCGACUGCAAGGACAAGUCAGAUGAGGCCAACUGCGCUCUGCUGACCUGCAGGCCAGAUGAGUUCCAGUGUGGCGAUGGCUCCUGCAUCCACGGCACCAAGCAGUGCAACCGAGCCCACGACUGCCCCGACUACAGCGACGAGGCUGGAUGCGUGAACGCCACCAAGUGUGAAGGGCCCAACAAGUUCCUGUGCAGGACCGGAGAGUGCAUCGACAGCAGCAAGGUGUGCGACUCCGUCAAGGACUGCAAAGACUGGUCAGAUGAGCCCAUGAAGGAGUGUGGUCUGAACGAGUGCGCCGACAACAACGGAGGCUGCUCCCACGUAUGCAGGGACAAGCGCAUCGGCUACGAGUGCGACUGCCCCGCCGGCUACAAACUGAUGGACAAGAAGACGUGCGGAGACAUAGAUGAAUGUGAGAACCCGGACGCCUGCAGCCAGAUCUGCAUCAACUACAAAGGCGACUUCAAGUGUGAGUGCUACGAGGGUUACGAGAUGGACCCCGUAACCAAGACCUGCAAAGCCAUUGGCAAGAGUCCGUACCUACUGUUCACCAAUCGACAUGAGAUCCGGCGCAUUGACCUGAUAAAGAAAGACUACGUGCAGGUGGUAUCCACCCUGAAGAACGCUGUGGCCUUGGAUGUGGACGUGGCCACCAACAAGAUGUACUGGUGUGACCUCUACCACCGCAAGAUCUACAGUGCGUCCAUCAACAAGGCCAGCGACGCCUCGCAGCAGGCGACGCUGAUCGACACGGCUCUGCACUCCCCAGAGGGCCUGGCCAUGGACUGGGCUCACAAGAACAUCUACUGGACCGACUCCGGAGACAAGACCAUCUCCGUGGCAACCGCCGACGGCAAGAAGAGGAGGGUUCUGAUCGACGCGGACCUGAGCGAACCGCGGGCCAUCGCCGUGGACCCGCGACAAGGGUUCAUGUACUGGUCAGACUGGGGAGCCAGCGCUAAGAUUGAGAAGGCCGGCAUGAACGGAGUGGACCGGCAGGUUCUGGUCUCAGAGAGAAUUGAGUGGCCCAAUGGCAUAACUCUGGACCUGUCCAGCAGACGGCUGUACUGGGUGGACUCCAAGCUGCACCUCAUCUCCAGCGUGGACUUCAGUGGCAACAACAGACGGGUGCUCAUUUCCACCGUAGAUCACCUGGGACAUCCCUUCGCCCUGACUGUGUUUGAGGACCGAGUGUACUGGACCGACCUGGAGGACGAGGCCAUCUACAGCGCCAACCGCCACACGGGCCACGACUUGGUCACGCUGGCCCAGCACCUCGACAACCCGCUGGAUGUGGUGGUGUUUCAUGAGCUCCGACAGCCCAAAGUGCCGGACAGCUGUAACAUGGGCGGCCUGCCCAAUGGAGGGUGUGAGUACCUAUGUCUGAAGGCCCCUCAGAUCACAGACCACUCGCCCAAGUACACCUGCGCCUGCCCCAACAGCAUGGAGCUGGGCCCCGACAUGCGCCGCUGCGUCACAGUGGUCAGACCGAAAACCACAACUGCUGCUCCUACAACCACAACCACCACCCUUGAGCCAACGACGAGCAGCACCACCCCCGUUACAACAACAGCCUCCUCCACUACCACAACUACAGCGUCCACCACAACCACAUCCACCACCUCUGCCCCCUCUACGACCACCACCACCAGAUCUACAACAGCCUCCACAACAAGCCCCCCAGCAAUACACUACAUCUCUACCUCCACCACCUCCACCCCCAGUGCCAAGACCCAGGCCUCUCCAUCCACUACCACCUCCAGCAGCACCAGCAGCACCAGUAUCAGCAGUGUCCAGAGGGUGAAUUCCAACCUCUCACACCGGGCUGGGAGCGAGCAUUACCUUUUAGGCAACAACAUAACUGUGGCGGUUUUGGGUAUCGUCAUUCCCAUAGUUCCUAUCCUUGCCACAGUGGUCAUCGGCCUGGUCUGCACCGGCGGCUACCUGGUCUGGCGCAACUGGCGGCGGAAGAACACCAAGAGCAUGAACUUCGACAACCCCGUGUACCGCAAGACCACCGAGGACGACGACGACGAGAUCCACAUCGGCCGGACCGAGCAGAUCGGACACGUCUACCCCCCAGUGAGUGGCAGCGCCCGCCAGCCCUUCCUGGCGCUCCCGCUGGGUGGCGGCGUGCCCGACCCGGCAGCGCACUGGUACUCGGGCGCGCCCAUGCUGUCCAGUGCCAAGUGAGAGGGACAGGAUUGGGUAGUGGGCUGGAUCGAGGAGAGCUGGAGCUGAGCGCCGGUUUGAGGAAAACUGAUAUAAAGAGGGGAAGAGCCUCAGAGUGUGGCAGAGAAAGUGGGGCACAUUUGUUGUGUUGCCUGUGCACACACACACACCCACACCCACUCUUAUACUUGCAUAAACGCACACACAAACACACACAC